AUAAGAUGUGCAUCACUGAGACAAUAUCGUGUCGACGUGGACAUCACACGAGGUCAUGCCCGAAACUUGCUCUUUUUGGGCGGGACAUUCCUUUCAAGAAUUUAGUAUAUAAUGUCCCGGUUUCGCAGAUGGGACGUACCGCAUGAGUUCCUCAAAACGUCGACAUUGUGUUCAGGCUUAAAGUUCACUUGUAGCCUUACCUAAGUACAAGGCUUUCCCGCUGCAUCCCGCCGUGUAUCUCGGUAAAUCCAGCCAUGGCAAAUACCAAUUAUCGGAACGUCUACAAAGGCCCGGAUUCUGUUCGCGACUAUUUCAACCCAGAUUUAUCACCACCUCUACCCCUCGUCGAGUUGCCGGCCUGCCUCAACCCAUACCGGCAAGAUGGCGUUCGGAUAUAUGCCAAGAUGAUGACGAUGCACCCGGCCAAUAAUGUUAAAUGCAUGCCAGCCCUGAACCUUCUAGAAAACACGGUCGUGCCCGGCAAGACAGACACCAUAAUUGAGUACAGCUCCGGGUCGACCGUCAUCUCCAUGUCCUUGAUAUCUCGGGUAUACUACGAACUGCCCAAUGUCUGCGCCUUCCUUAGCAACAAGACUAGUAAGACCAAGCUGCGUCUCAUGCAGUUCUUUGGACUUCAUUUAACCCUUUUCGGCGGCCCCUCACAACCGGAACCGCUCGACGAGAGGGGUGGGAUACGAGUCGCACAGAAAAUGGCAGAAAGCUCCGAGUCCAUAGUUAACCCAAAUCAGUACGAAAAUGACAAUAAUUGGAAAGCCCAUGUCCGGUGGACAGGUCCUCAAAUCCUCAGACAGCUCCCCGAAAUAAACUUGAUAUGUGCCGGUUUGGGAACCUCGGGAACCAUGACGGGACUAGGAACUUUCUUCGGCCAAGCCAAGUCCUCCGUUUUCCGGCUAGGUGUCUGCACAGCAGCAGGCGACCGCGUCCCCGGCCCCCGCUCCUUCAGCCUUCUCGCUCCCGUCGAGUUCCCUUGGAAAUCAGCCAUCGAUCAUAUGGAACACGUCGGCUCCUACGACUCGUACUCUUGGUCGUUAAAGCUCUGCCGUCAAGGCCUGGUCUGCGGACCAUCCUCGGGUUUCAACCUUAAGGGUCUUUUCCAAUUCAUUGAGAAGCGCAAAGCCGAGGGAACAUUAUCAGAACUGGCCGGCGAAGACGGCGAGAUCCAUGCCGUGUUCCUGUGCUGCGACUUGCCGUACCAGUACAUCGAGGAGUACUUUGAAAAGCUGGGAGCGGAGCACUUCCCUGAAAUCAAGAACGAGGCCCUCACCGAUGUCGACGUCUACCGCUAUGACGAUUCCUGGGAACAAGACCCUCUUAGCGCGCUUGACUCCUUCUUCGAAGUCGAAAUGGCCCUCGCGCGAGACGUGCUGCAAUUUCUUUCGCAGCUCAGCUCCGCCAACAGCGCCGGCCUUGCGAGCAUCAUCCCGCUCAAGAAAGACAGCAUCAUCCUGGACCUGCGCCAGCCCUUCGAUUUCGCGCAGUUUAACCUCCCCGGGUCCAUCAACCUCCCCUUCGCCCAGUACGAAGACCAGAGCCCCUUUUCCGACCCUACUUUGCUUGCCUCCCUGUGGCGGGCGCUGGACGCUAAGUUCGCCGCGCCGGAUCAGGAUUUAUUGUCACGCAUUAAAGAGAAGCGGGUACUCGUGGUGUGUUACGACGGAGAUUGUGCGCGCGUGGCAAGCAGUAUAUUGAGGGCGCAUGGGUUUGAGGCCGAUAGCUUGAGGGGCGGGUUCAAGGCGUUGCGGAGGCUGAACUCGGGGAGAGAGGCGCCCAGGAAUAUGAGGGAACAGGCUGUCAUGCCAUGUUCGCCGCUCACUGGGGAUUUUGAAAAUAACAAGCCUCUUGUGACGGAGGGAGGGAAACUCGCAGCAUGAUUUGACCCUUGUGGUUCGUAAACCCCAGUUAACAUGGUGCCGCAUGCAAUAUGACAUACUCUGUGGAUAACCUUCUCCGGUACCCCGCUAUUUGGCGCCCACUUCACAUAACCACCAUCUUCAUUUUUUCAAUGGGCUGUUCCUCAGUCCUUUCACACUCAAACAAUCUACGUAUUAUGGCAUAACAAAUGAUUUCUCCCAAAAAUAGAAGAAAUAAUUAGUAUCAUAGAUAACGAGUUAAACCAUAGAAUUUCUUAAGGAAAAGUAGUUGAGAUAAAAGAUAGAACGAUUUCCUUGUUCUGUUUAAAG